UGUCGGCCAAAGUCCACCCUAUGGCCGUUUUGUGUUCUCGCAGCACCCUCACAAGCUUCUCCUCCUCCAUUGCCGUGAGACUUGAUGAAAUGAUGACGGGCAAUGUUCCAUCAUUGGCCUCCUUUAUCUCAAAGAUUUCUGACGAGGGCAGCAAAUGUAAGGAUUUCAUUGAUCGGAGCGCCGUCAAGACGCUACAAUUUGAAAAUGACAUGGCCACUACCCACCAGAUUCUGGGUCCCCUUUUCAGAGACGCAGUGCCGUCGUCUAUCACUACUCUUCUCAAGGAGCAGUGUUUAAUACCCCUGCUGCAGGGGUUCGACUGGUCGAAGUGGACUCUGGCGCGACCUCAGGGAGCCUGGCCCUCGACCACCACAGCCUGGGCCACCUGGGUUGAUCGAAUGAGCACAUUCUUUGGCAAGGAGUGGAAGGCUCUUGGUAUCUACGAUGCCAUUAUUCUGUCGACCAUGGAGAUUGCCAUGGAUAAGGAGCUGCUCAUGGCGGCCUUGAGUUUAUGGUGUUUGGCCACCAACACCAUGAUCCUGCCUUUCGGCCCUCUCGGCCCCACAAUCCUCGACAUUUCGGCCAUCCUUGGGACUUCUCCAACCGGCCUUCCCAUUGAUGCUGCCCUUUCCGGAUGCCCCUCUCCUCUCGACCUGAAGGCAUUAUUCGACGAAAGGGCCGUCAAUACGCUAAGCCGUGGUGAUCGGGAGCCCUCAAGGGAAGAAGUUCAGAAGCUCCACAAGAACUUCUUCAACUACAACACUCUCAUCCUUCACUUCGCCGGCCGAGGCGAGGAAGGCCUUAGGAAGGGAGAACACGAGGCCUUCCUCUUCUACUGGUAUAACAAAUUCAACUGUUGUACCAGGUCAAACAAAUGCCUGGUCGAGAACAUGCCGGUGGCCCAGGCACUGGCUAGUGGUCGCUCCUUGGCGUUCAGCCCGGCUAUACUCGCCAAUCUCUACUGUUGCUUGGUCGAGGCGACUAUUAGCAAGAUUGACCUGCACCAGAAUGGACCCCUCUGGAUGUUCUAACUCUGGUUGCACGUUUACUUUUCCACCCUUCGGUCGGAGGUUCCUGCCUUUCAACGAUCGGCCGCCCUUGGCCUUCAACUGGCCUCUCGACCGACACUACCUCACCGAGCCGACGAGGUCUUUAAACACUUCCUCGGCCUCGAUGUCCUUUCGGAUGACGAGUUCCUGGUAUGCCGGCGCCAGGAGUACCCUGCCUUGAUCAGGCUUCCAACGCUCGCGUGGGCCGAGUCCGAGGAUGCGGACAUCCGUCAAUGCUGGGGGUCUUUCGUUUUGGCUCGCGAUCUUCCUCUUGGUUGCGACGCCCGCCGAGCCAGCUGGGAGGUCUAUCACCCCCAUUUUGUCGCCCGGCAGCUCGGCUACCUUCAAGGCUGCCCCGUCCCCCUGCUUGCCUCUCGGUCUCUCCUGAGUCGAGGCCGUCUUUCUGGUUCCUCUGAAAGGGAAUGCAAGACAUCGGAGCAGGAGUUUCAGGAGAAGUGCAAGAAAUUCCGGCUCCGGCCGACGGUUCCUGAAUCUUUGGGAACCGACACCUUCGAGGACUGGUGUGAGGAGUACACCAGUGACUUCUUCGGCGUCCCGACCGAAGACAUGGUGAUCAAAAUCUUCGGCGACCGUCCCAGACUAGCGCCCUCGGCCCAACCUAAGGAGUCGGCCCAAGGUAUAGUCUUUCCGCUCUGUUUUUUUUUUUUUUUUUAUAUCACUUGUCCUUGUUAUUAAUUACUUUGCUAUUUCAGGGGGUCGCGUGUCGAGGAAGGUUGAAAUGGUCGCCGCGGUGGCGAGGGCGAAGAAGUUGGUCUCCACGAAGAGGACCAUCGCCACCUAGCGGACAACCCCCGCCAAACGCCCUCAUCGAGAGGCCGAGCCGGAGGAUGAUGCUCCUCGCCCUUCUAAACGCGUCAAGAAAUUGGCGAAGAAGGGCGACCGGGAGAUUCAUGUCGUCCCCAGUGACACUACAGGGACACCUGCUCCUGCCGGCUCUCCUUUUGUACCGGCUACCCCGGCUUCUCCAAACUCGAUUCCUCCAGCCGUCUCCCUUCCUGAGACCACGGCUGAUCCAAUCGUCGCAUCAGCUCCAGCUCCGGAGAUGGUCGUGGCGCCUACCGUGGGGAAGUCGGCUGCACCUAUCGAGGCACCCUCUACUCCAACGGUCAUUCUGGAAGAGGUAUAAUUCUACUUCCACUCUUGUUUCUUUAGGUUUCUAGUCGUAACGCAAAAUGUUUUUCUUUUUGUUCAGGAUGUCGAGAGCGAGAGCGACGAAGUCCCGCUGGAACACCGUCGUCGACCAGUCAACUCUCCUCCCGUCCAUCCUCCUCUGGUCGUCGAGGCGACCGCUCGACCGUGUCCUUUUGCGGCGGAUCGCGGCAAGAGACCUAUGGCCGAUCCUGAGGCCACGGCCGAAACGCCGAUCCACCCGCAGGAUGAAGACCUUCCCAUUCUUCCUGAGGAAGUCUCCUCGGCCUUUCCAUUGUGGGAAGUGGAGCUCGACGCUCUUCUUCAGAGCACGACCGGUGAGGCAGGUUCCUCUACUGCUCCUGCCGAACCAGCGGGAGCCAUGGCUGAGGCCGAAGCCUUCGUGAAGCUGCACGAAGUCCUGUCUCUCACUGCCUCCCAAGCUCUCCGAUCCAAGGGUCUUGACUCCGUUGGGGAGUGUCUUAAUGACCUUGCCAGUGGCGGUUACCUAAGCACGGAGAAUAUCUCCUUCCUCACCGACCUCUUCGAGCGGACUCGGCAACACUUCCACAUCUUUGAGUGAGCCCUACAAGCCGAGGAUGACCUGAAGGUUGCCAAGGUCGCGUAAGAGGCCGGCCGAGCUAAGAUGGAGGCAAUCAAAGCCAGGAAAGCGAAGCUGACCGAGUUUGAUCGCCAGAUCUCUGACCUCCAACGUCAAAUUUUUGACCUUCAACGGCAAAGGUCUGCUGCUGCUUCCGAGCUUGAGAAGGACUUCGAGGCCAACAGGGCUCGGCUGACGGCCUUCGCGGCCGGCGCACGGCAUAUCCAGCAACUUCAGUGCAAUAAAAAGACGAGGCAGGCUGAGAUAAUUUUGGGCGAAGCGAAGUGGUUGGAGCUAAAAGCUGCCCUUGAGACUUUCCUCCCCUCGACCCCCUAGGAAUUUAUCAUUGUAUUUGUUCUCUUAUUAUCAAUACAAUGGUUCUUUUGCUAUCAAUAAAAUGGUCUUUUGCUAUCAAUACAAUGGUCUUACUCUUGCAUUUCCCAUGUAAUUGGAUAGUACUUUUUUAAAAUUUUUCCAUUAAUCGGCAAUUUGUGAA